CUAAUGGGAGGGGUUUCUAAAUUUCGGUUGAAUGAAUUGUAAUUUUUUAAUAAGUUUGCGUUCAACAACAUGAAUUAUAUAGAUAAGAAAGCCCAAAAUUUAAUCAGAUUUUGAGUGCGUGUUGAAGAGUAUGCUACCACGACCACCAAAGAAUCUACCACAGACUUUACAGCAUAGAUACAACGAACAAUAACAUAACCAAAUUUUUGUGGGUAUGUUGAGUUGCUUUUUGUGUUGUUUUAAAUUUGGGUUUUCAUUAGGAAAGUUAAGGUGCAGUGUAUUUUUACUUUCGGAUUCUUUAAGAAUGUAUUUAUAGUAGUCUUAGUCAAAUUACAUAAACAUGAGCUUUCUCGAAUACGAAUUAACACCAAUCCCACGGUUAUUGAAAAACCAAUUUGGUAGCUAUUACAAUAACGCUCUAGGAAAUGGGAUUUUCUGGGCAGUUAUUUUAUGGAGCAUUUUCCGUUUAACUUAUGAAAACAUGAUUACUUUAAUAUUGAAGAGGUUUUUGUGGCCAUGUUACAUGCGUAAGAGAGUAAUUCAAUCUUCUUGGUAUCUACUGUUCUUUGUUACCAAUUUAUAUUACUGCAAGUAUGGAUUUUCAGAUUCGCCUGUCGUUUUUAGCAAUGAGUUUAUCAACUGGAAUUUCAUUUAUAUCAGCUGUUUUUAUUUACACACAGUAAUUUGGGAAAUACGAAAUUCAUUUCUACCUCUCCAUUAUUUAUUUUUUACAUUAUAUAUCUUUGUGUCAUAUUUACUAAGAGAUACUAAAAUUAUAUCUGUGAUGGCAGCACUAAGUAUAGUUCAAAUAUCUGUUCAAAUAAGUAGAUUAUCUAUUAUUGUGAAGAAAAGACAAUUUUCUACAUUUAAAACGAAAGAACUAAUAAACAGAUUGCGAUUAGUGAUAUUUUAUACAACUAUGGCUCUAUUGGCUUUUACGUACCUAAUAGCUUUACCAUUUAUCGUAAUUAUUCCUUUAGUGGAUAAAAUUAAGGAAAGCUAUGAACCUGUAGGAGCUUUACUCAUGUUAGCUACUUUUUUAGUUUGGUUGUUAGUACAAAUUUAUAAUUCGCCCCUGAAACGUUUAAUUUACCAUUUAAGAAACCACAGAAAGGAAUAUCCUCCAAUAGAUUGUUUAGGAACAUUAAUGGAAUGUACAAUGUUGAAACAACGAGAUGAUUUUGCAUACCAAUUACAAAUGCUUAAGAUUGAAAUGAAAGAACGACAGGCAAGAAUGUUAGUUAAUAGAAAGCCAAAAAAGGGUGCUGAUAUGCUGUUUCAAACAUUAAAAUGUAUGGUGGCAAUUAAUAAGAAAAUUAAAGCAAAAGCACAAAGAAAGCAGCAGGCUCUAAAGGAUAAACUUCAGGAACAGUUGGACGAAAAAUCGGAGCCAGAACUAAACAGGUGCCUACAAGCCGAAGAUAGCAUCGAGAACGGUAGUUAUAAAAAAAUAUUAUAAUAAAUAACAUAACUUUGAUUUUCAAUUCAGUUAUUUUAAUAUAGUAUGUGAAAACAGAGAAGUGUUAUUUAUUUAAUAUUUAUGGUACAAUAUCACCAAUGUAAUUUUGUGAAAGUAAUUGCGCUGUAAAGAAAUAUUUUUUUGAUCGUGAGAAUUUUAAAAUACAAAAAAUACAUUAACAUUUUACUGUCUA